AUGCUCUACGGCACGAUCCUCAGGGUGCCCGGUGAUUUUUUCACCGCCCAGAGCCACCCGAACGUCAACCCGCCGUCCUUCGUCCAAGGCCUUCGACGCCUCACGCAGGCCAUCAAGCCUGUCCAGGCAUCGAGGCACCUACCUCCACAGAAGCCGUUCAUCUUCAGCGAUCUACAGAGAUGCUCUCACGUCUUUCGCCGCAUCGACGCUAUCCGGAGACCGCUGGACCCUCCAUACUCAGGGCCACACAAGGUAAUCCGGCGCAUCGACGAGCGAAACUACACUAUCGAGGUCAACGGCCAGCCCCGUACUGUCUCUACAGACACAUUAAAGCCAGCCUACCUCGAAGCAGCCGACCUGCCUAUCACCAGCAAUGACGUCGCUGCUCCUCAGCUUUCGCAACCACCCACGUCGGUUACAAACAGCCCCCAGACACAGGACCAUUCAACGCGGCCUUUGGCCGACGCAUCGACUUCCCAGCCCACACCUGGACAAACCACGAUCUUGCCCAAGGUCAAGAAGGCUAUAUCGUUCUGUCUGCACCCUGCAGACAAUACUGCAGGGGAAGUACCCGUGGCGCCAUCCACCGGCCAAAGCUCAAAUCAAGCUUCUCGGCGUAAGCAACAGCUCAUCCCGCACACGGACUAG